AUGAGUCUAAAGAUUUUCGAACCAAGCCAGCUGGCCACCUAUCUCGCGGAACAAAAAGGUAUCAAAAGUCCAUCUCCAUCGAUGUCAACCGUUUCCUGUCCAGAAUAUCCGGAGCUACAGGAACGGCUACAUCGACUUGCCAUAGCUAGAGACAGUCUCUCCCUACAGGUUUCUGUGCUAAGUGAACAAGUUGGAGCUCAGAAGGAGAAAAUCCGAGACUUAGAGGCCUUGUUAGCUUUGAAGCGCAACAGCCUUAGCUCAGCCGAAGAACUGUGUCAAGAUAAACAACAUAACGGUGACGAUGUCGUAGAUUUGGAACGCAAAAACUUGGUGUUUGAAGUCUCAGAUUUGAAGAGCAAGUUUGCUACCUUGGGACAAGGAAUGAAUGAAAGCGAAAAUAGUAUUGUAGCUACACAAGUAUACUUCGAUUUUGGAAACCACUGUCUAGUGGUAAUAUUUGAUGAAUACUGUUUCCAGCAUGAAAGUGUUUCUGCAAAUCAAACAAAGCGCAGUGUAGCUGUGCCAAAACGGACUUAUGCGAAGGUUAACAAAGGUUGCGAGAAAUCACAUCUAUCAGCUUCACGAAGAAGUUUUGAAGAAGGCGAAAGUACGGAUUCCGCCUUCAUCAUCAUUUACAUCGUCUUUAUCUACGCCUUCUUCGAAUCCCGUUACCGGUCUCCUUCGUCAUUAGCAGCGCGUCAACUGGCUGCCGAAUUGGAUGAGUUGCGUCAAACAGACUGGAAAACGCAGCAGCCCAAAAUUUACUCUUCAGUCAGUUUGCCGCGAAAGUUGGGUAAUAAGGCUUCAUCGGCGUUAGCGCUAGGUACGAAGAAUCAUUCGCUCAGUUCGAUCAAUUCAGCAGUUGAAUCUGAUGACGAGAUCACGAGGGGCGCGCAACGCAAGAUAUCACCUCGUACCUUUGCCGAAAUGCCGCCGAAACGUAACAGGACUCGCUCUUCCAUACGCAACUUAUUUAGUAAACUGACGAGAAGUCUAUCACAGGAGCAGAACCCUGCCAUUUACAAAACAGGGAAUGUGAGUCGGUCUACACUGGCUGACCAUACCCAAGACAAGUGUCGAAAUGUGGAGCUGUUUCCACCACUUUCACAUUUUGUCGAUUGGAGGUUAGAACAGUUGACAAAGUGGUUGGAAAAAGCAGGGUUUGCUCAGUACAUUCCUGAAGUAACGAAAAAUGUGCGAUCCGGGCGGCAUCUUUUGAAUAUGAGUUGCAUUGAGUUCGAAACUUGGUAUUUUAACAUUGUCAACUUUCACCAUCCACAGGUUCUUGGGAUGAAAAAUGCACUUCUCAGAAAACGGUUAAACGUGUUGUUACGACGAAUCGAAGACGACAUCGAUGACCACGGCAAUGUAUGGGAUAUACAACAAACACAGAAAUGGUUGGAGGAUAUUGGUCUUCCUCAAUAUAAAGAGAUUUUCUUCGAGAAUAUGAUUGACGGAGUAAUGAUUCUUGCGCUGACAGCGGCGGAUCUCGCAGAGUCAAUCGUUUCAAGUUAUCCACGUCCCGAUGCUGCAGUGCGGUGGACUCAUGCGGCCACUUGUGAGUGGUUACGAAUGAUCGACUUGGCAGAAUUCACACCUCAUUUGUUGUGCGCUGGAACUCCAGGAGCACUGAUGGUAUGUGAGCCGACGUUCACUGCUGAGACGUUAGCAGAAAUUCUGCAGAUCCCUCCACACAAAACUUUAUUGCGGCGACACCUGACAACACACUUCAAUCAGUUAUUGGGUCAAAGAAUUGUUGCUGAGAAAAGGGAUUUCUUAGCUUCAGGAAUAUUGCCUCUACUUUUGCCUGGAAUGCGAAUAAAGGUUGGAGAUUUCACUGCAGAGUUAAAAUAA